AUGGCUGAGAUGCUCUUGAAGGCACAAAAGUACAUGAACGCGGAAGAUGCUCUAGCUGCCAUAAAAGAUACUGAGAGGCCAGGAGACAAGUCCAAGAGGGAAGACGACCGUAGAGGGCAAAAGAGAGACAGACCAGAACGUCGGAACAAUGACGGGAAUAGAAGGAAGGACGACAAAAAUCCUCGAACGAACAAGUAUUGCCGGUUCCAUAGAGACCACGGUCAUAACACAGAAGAUUGCAGAGACCUGAAUGAGCAAAUAGAGGAAUUAAUACGGAAAGGAAAGUUACAGAAGUAUGUAAAGAAAGGAGAAUAUAGCAAGUUCAGAGACGACAACAGGACCCAACAUGAAUCCUUCACUCGGGAUGACGACCAUCCAUCCCAGCCUCCACGCAAGGUGAUCGGGUAG